UGACGCUCUGUGAGAGAGCUGGAUUCUCCAGCAGCAGCAGCAGAAGCAGAAACGCCCUGCAUCCUCCUCUCUCCUCUUCCUCCCAACAUCCAUCCACCGUCCGUGUCUCCCCGGCUCUCCUCUGCUCCUCCUGCCCGCGGAGGAGACACUCUGAGCGGGAGGAACACGCACCAAACCUCGCUGUGGGGAGAUUUAAAAAAAAAAAAACCCUGGAGAAACAUGGAUCUUUUUGCUUUUUCCUCCCAACACCACCACCUCCUCCUCCUCCUCCUCCUCAUCGCUUCCCUGAGCUGCUUCUCCGUCUCUGCUGACGAAAGAUUCGGUUGCCUGUUUGAAAACGAGCUGUGUUCCCCCUACGAGAUCUGUGUUAACGAUGGCGUGUUUGGGAGGUGUCACUCUGUUCCGGUGAAGGACGUCUACGCCUACGAUGUCUCCCCGUCUGUAGUGCAACGCUUCAGGACGCUGCUGGAGAAGCUGUCCAACCGAGGUCUGACCUGGGAGGACGACACCACUCAGCAGGUUCUGUCCAAAGAGUUAUCCAAGCUGAGGAGGCUUCCCUACAGGCCGCAGCAGAACGGACCGGUCUACAGCUCGGACAGCAGGCCCGUAUCCGAGGCGUUGGACCCAGCAGACCAGAGGGUGAGGCCGGUCGAGGUGGAGCUUAGCAGGAACCUGCAGAUGUACCUCCAACAUCUCGGCCUCAUUCCCAAGACGUCGCCUGCCUCCAGCCAGAGCGCUCCGGGCAAGAGUGACCGUUUCCAGUCGGGCAUCCCUGCAGACUUCUUUCACCCCAUGGCCCCGCCUUCCCCUCAGAGGUCGUCUCUUUCAUCCCUCCUCCCUCUGCAGAAACAGAGACCCUCACCCGGCCAGCUCCUCGCCACGCAGGCCGACGGCGACCUUCUCCUGGGCGCCCUGAGGCAGUAUCUCUCAGGGCAUCUGUCCCUGCACGGCGGGGGGGCGAGUCCUGACGAGCAGGGGGCCCCCUCACCCCGCCUGCGGCCUUUUUACAACAACGGAAUAGAAGAGUCUGGGCUCAAAACGGAGACCUUACAACCCGGGCCCCUGAAGGCGGGAAGAACCCAAGGGGCUCCGGUCAAAGACCCCCUGACUUCUGUGGACGAGCGCUUCAUCAAGAAGGUCCUGAAGAACGUCGGCAGGCAGCACCUUGACGUGGAGGAGCUGACGCAGCAGGACGUGGACCAGCUGUCCAGCCUGAUAGCCGACGCUCUGCAAGUGGUCGACAAGGAGCGAGGACGAAACGGGGGACCGGCGCAGGUCAGACCUGCACCGAGAGACCUGGAGGAGGAACAGAGGAGUCUGGAGGGCGAUGAAGAGGAGGAGGAGGCAGCGGCGGCGGCUGAGGAUGAGGAGGAGGAGAAGUUGCUUGAAAAUGCUGCGACAGUGAAGCCACAGGAGAGCACUUCAACAUCGCCUUCAGCCCUUCAAGAGCGCCACACGGACGCAGAGGAACAGAGUCCUGAGAGCGGGAACCUCUUCACCAAACUUCUCGCCUACCUGGACAAAACCUCCUCGCUCGACUCUCCGUCAGCAAGAGCUCGCAGCGACGCCUCCAUGGAGACGCCCAGAGGCCUCCAGGUGGGGUUGGAAAACGUCCAGAGUCGGACCAGCGAGGCCGGGGUGACGGUGCAGAAGAAGGACGCCACCCAGUCGGUGGAGGAGGUGUCGGAGGUGCGGGGCUGGAUCAAGGAGGUGGCGCCCCCUCCUGCUUCGUUAGUGUACGAGGAGCCGCACAAGAAGACGAUUCACGCUCCUGAACUCCAGCUGGACGUCAAAGCCGGCAGGAAGAAGGUUCACGCUCCUGAACUCCAGCUGGACGUCAAAGCCGGCAGGAAGAAGGCUGACGACGACGUCUUCGGCUACGUCAUCACCGACACAGAUGGGCUCCAGACAGACGAAGGCCUCCACCUGAUGGAGAUCCUGGCUCGCAGGGCUAAGAUCCAGAUGACCGACUUCUCCGAGCUCUCGGUGGUGGGCCCCGCUGUGACCUUCAAAGUGAGUCCGAAUUCUCACAACGUCAGCACCGCAGAUGUGGCCAACGUAGCUGUUCAGCAGAAAGCAGCUCUGGAGAAAGAAGCCAAGGUCAUCAUCCUGGAGGCCGGGGUCGCUGAUGGAAGCCAGAUCAACCAGAUCCCCACCAAGUACAGCCAGGCCGAGUCCACCAAGUUCCUCGUCCUCACCGUGGUCUCCAUCCUGUGCAUCGCGGGCGUGCUGCUGGCGUCCACCGUGGUCUACUGCCUCCGCCACCGCUCCCACCACAAGAUCAAGGAGAAGCUCACCAACCUGGGGACGGACGCCGGCGGCGAUGCUACCGCCACCUAUCAGGAGCUGUGUCGGCAGCGCAUGGCGGUCAAACCUCCGGUGGAGCGCCAGGAGCCCAUCUCCUCCAGGAUCAACAGCGUGUCCUCUCAGUUCAGUGACGCCGGUCAGGCCGUGAGCCCGUCGGCGAGGAGCAGCGUCUCCUCCUGGAGCGAGGAGCCCGCCCACUCCAACAUGGACAUCUCCACUGGUCACAUGAUCCUGUCUUACAUGGAGGAUCACCUGAAGAACAAGAACCGCCUGGAGAAGGAGUGGGAGGCUCUGUGCGCCUAUCAGGCGGAACCCAACUCCUGCACCAUCGGCCUGAAGGACGGCAACGCCAAGAAGAACCGCUCCACUGCUGUUGUGGCAUAUGAUCACUCCAGAAUCACCUUGAAGGUGGAGAACAGCCAAGGCAACUCUGAUUACAUCAACGCCAGCCCGAUCAUGGACCACGAUCCCAGGAACCCCGCCUACAUCGCCACUCAAGGCCCUCUGCCCUCCACCGUGGCUGAUUUCUGGCAGAUGGUUUGGGAGAACGGCUGCGUGGUCAUCGUCAUGCUGACACCUCUAGUGGAAAGCGGAGUGAAGCAGUGUUACCACUACUGGCCCGACGAGGGAUCCAACCUGUAUCACAUCUACGAGGUUAACCUGGUGUCUGAACACAUCUGGUGCGACGACUUCCUGGUUCGCAGCUUUUACCUGAAGAACAUGCAAACCAACGAGACGCGAACUGUCACUCAGUUCCACUUCCUGACCUGGCUCAACCAGAACGUCCCCGAGACCAGCCGGACGCUCCUCGACUUCCGCAGAAAAGUUAACAAGUGCUACCGGGGACGCUCGUGUCCUAUCAUAGUCCACUGCAGCGACGGCUCGGGAAGGUCCGGCACCUACAUCCUGGUCGACAUGGUCCUCAACAAGAUGGCUAAAGGUGCCAAGGAGAUUGAUAUUGCAGCCACGCUGGAGCACCUGAGGGACCAGAGGCCGGGAAUGGUUCAGACCAAGGAUCAGUUUGAGUUCGCACUGACAGCUGUUGCAGAGGAGGUGAACGCCAUCCUGAAAGCUCUUCCACAGUAGAGCACAGAAAGAAGCACCUCCUUCUGUCUCAUCUGGAGGACAGUCCCAACUAUAACCUCCUGUUGUUUCCACGUCCCAUCUGCUCAAGAUUAUUCGCUGUCUCCACUCCCUCCUUCCCUCUUUUUUCCUUUUCUCAUGUUUCCAUUUUUCUUACUUGUAAUCCAAGUUUUUUCCAGUUUCUGGAACGAGUCCAGUUGUUUCUUCUUCUCUCCUCUUUUCCCCUCCCUUCAUGUGGUCUUCUAUCUUUACCUCCCUCGGUUCUUGUUCCCGCCUUCUUCUUCUUCUUCCUCUCUCACCUCUCCUUGAUUGACUCCUCUCCUCCUCUCCUCUCCUCUCAUGAAUGAGCCGUCCUCUUUUUUCCAUCUUAGUAAAGAAAUUGUGCCAGGAAUCCAUUGAACCAGUCUUGUACAUAGAUAGACCUUCCUUCUAUUGUAAUGAUCCAUGCAGCCUGGUUUUACUCCAAAGUGACAUUUAAACACAUUUAUAUUGAGAGUGCUGAAAGUGUUUCAGUGUAUGUAUCAUCGUUUCAUUAGGGUUGAUGAAUGAGGGUUGACAUAAGGGGCGUCAGUAGGCUAGGAACCUCGAUGACCUUAGAUGUCACAUUAGGUUCAGAUAAGUUAACACGUCCAUUAUUCUAGAUUUUGACUGACAAAUGAGGAAUCCAAGCGGGGGAAAUAAAGAAGUGGGGGAGUAAUUAUGAAAUAAAAAAUUCCUUAUUUGUAGCCCUAGAUAAAAUAACACUAUCAACCAAACGAUGUUUAAUGUUGGUAUGACACCAAUUGACGCCCUUGAAAGGUCUUCUUUGGUCAGCGUGUGGACGAUGUUUAUCAUCAUAAAAUCAUAUUUGCGUCUGAGUUUAAGUGCUGUGCUUUCUGAUAUGUUUUAAUGCAGCAUGUUGGAGUGUCAGAGUUUGUCAGUAAGGUCAAAAUGAGUACCAAACAAGUACUGCUUUUUAACAGGAAGCGACACAAAAUUGCAAGAAGGAGGUUGUUUCAGACUUUGUGGUGACUUCUUGAAACAUCUGCAAUGUCGCUUAUUUAAGGAAAACUAAAAAAAAAAAAUGAUGCUGGAUGAGGUUAAACAACACCUAUGAUUUUAUGUCAUUGUAUAAAUUCCAUUAUCCUAGUGGAAGCAAUAUUUGUGUUCCUUCAACCUGAACCGUUAUCUCUUGUGGAUCACAGAUAUUGUGGUUUGUCAGUGAAGUUACACUCAUGUCUGCCUUAAUAAAAACACAGUAGAUGUGAUGAUGACACUCUUUCCAGCCACGUGAAACAAGGUCAGUGUGCAACGCUUCAUUUUUUUAAAUGGCCUUCUUCCAGCGUAUUAACUCGUGGACUAAAGGUUUUGCCGUGCUGCUUCUUAAUGGAAAACCCUUCUGAUGAUAAACACUGCAGUCUUUAAUAAUCUCAGGGCAGAGAGUUUCCUCCUGUCCAAAACUUUGUGAAAGUCUUUGAGUAACUUUGAUGGCAGUGCUCGCGUGCUCUUACAUUAUUUAUAACAAUGGAAUGAGGUCAUUAUGAAAUCAAGUGUUUCACACGGGCACGGAGGGUAUAGUCUUGCUUUCUCAAUAGCGAGUUCUUCUAUGUAGCAUUUAAGGAUUAUUUGUACAUGUACAGUAGCUGAGCUUGUGUUGCAUUUAAAACUAGUCUGCAGUGACGCUUGUCUGCUGGUUUUCCCAACAUUAUCUCCAGAAUAAAUGGAUUUUGUUCUUUUGAAAAUGAUCAGAGCAACAUUUAAGACCAUUUAUCUUCAAUAACGUACACUUUAUAUCACUGCUAACCAACAGUUUUCUUGUAUUGCAUGCCAAUAUCCCAGGUUUCCAUUGGUUUAGAUUGGUUUCAAAUUGUUUCCAUUGGUUUAGAUUGGUCUCAAUUUGUUCCCAUUGGUUUCCAUUGGUUUCAAAUUGUUUCCAUUGGUUUCAAUUGGUUUCCAUUGGUUAAGAUUGGUUUCAGUUUGUUCCCAUUGGUUUCCAUUGGUUUCAAUUGGUUUAGAUUGGUUUCCAUUGGUUAAGAUUGGUUUCAAUUUGUUACCAUUGGUUUCUUUUAGUUUCCAUUGGUUUCCAUUUGUUCCCUUUGGUUUCCAUCAAAUCCUCAUAAAACCUUACGAUGAUUGAUUUUAUUAUGUUACUGUUUCAUGUAUAAACAAUAUACCCAGUCCAAAAUAAGUGUGUUAAUGAGUGACACAAUAAUAAUAUAAAAUCAAUCAUCAAUCAUCGUAAGGUUCUAUGACGAAAUAAACAUGGCCGACUUAUAAAUAUUGAAAUUAAACAACCGCUCCCUCCUGUCGUCAUCGGAGCUCCAAAAUAUUUCAGGAUUUUGAGCGAUGUUUCAUUUAUCAAAGGUGUUCUUAACUCAUCAUAAAAGGACGAUAUAAGACAAUUAGAUUCUCCUAAAUCACAUAGUUCACACAGUCUGUGUUCCUAUGGGAUGUUUUUUUUUUUUUAAAUCUGCCGACUUCUAGAGCCAGAGGAAAGGUUCCUGAUCUCACCUUAUGUUUGAGAACAUCAUACUAUUAACUUAAAUAUUUCUAACCAGCAUGAACCAAUCAAUUAUCAGGAGAUGAAUUUGGGAAACCAGCUCACAGUUUGUGUCAAAUUAACUUAGUGUCACUGCUUUCAAUUGGCCAACAGUAAAUGGACAGUUUCAAAGUCUCUAUUGGUCAGAGUCUAGUCGUUUGUCCAAUCUUUGUUGAGUCACUUAUAAUAU